UUAUCGUUUUCCUUUUCUUGUUCUCUUUUUUGCCGAAACGGAAACGAAACAACGGUUUAGGGUUUAAUCCACACUCUGAGUUCUGAUAUUGUCCCCUCUCGGCUCUCUGCUUUAUUCAAACUUUCUCCACCUUUGAACCAGAAAAGAAGAAAAAAUGGCUUCCUUCUUCAGAUCAGCUCUAAUGGCGGCAACUAGGUCGCCCAUAUCAGCUCACUCCAAAUUCUCGACCCCAAGUCCCUUCUACCCAAACCCCAUUUCCUCUCCGUUCUCUUCAACCUCCGGAACAACCAAUCCUCAAGCUUCGCGGCUCGUUUCUGCUUUCGGAAAGGUCGAGUCCUUGAAGCCGCUUCACCGUCUCAACUCGCCGGCUCGGAUCAAAUCCAAGGGCUUCUUGCUCAAACCCGGCCCCCAAAUCUGCGUAGUGAUCCGGUAUUUCGAUCGCCUACCCGUCGAAAACCGGUCUGCGGAUCCGAAGAAGAAGAUUGCGUCGCCGCCGAAAAUGACCAACCCUAAGAUAACCAUAACUUUGACGAAUACUGAGCGGCCGUGUUUGGAUGACCGAUUGCCGGGUCGGAGGGUUCGAUUGCCUGAGACGCGGCGGCUGUACACUCUGUUGCGGUCGCCUCACGUUCAUAAGAAGUCCAGAGAGCAAUUCUGGAUCAGAACCAAUAAGCAGUGUCUGGUUAUACAGACGACGGAGAAAGAUGAGUGGAAAAGGAAGCUCUUUUGGUUGAAGAAUGGCCGUGCUUUCCUUUGAUUCCACCUUCUGCAACCGGCUUUCUCAAGGACUUGCAAUCACCAUUGUGACAAAAAGGCUCGCCGUCUGUGGGGGACAAUAAGUGAGUACGGUUGUCCUUCUUUGUCACCAUGUUAAAGGCAAAAAGAAUGUCUCUAAUAGUGAAAUUUUGGACUUUUAUCAUGCAGCUCAUGACUAUGAGUUCCAUAUUCUAAAUUGAAUUCUUUUAUUUGGAAUUCUUUUAUUUGUGGGUUUUAAGGUCAUCUCUCUUCUAUGUGUUUUGCCUUUAACUUUGAUUUGUGCAUGGUGGCUAAAUUGGGAGGAAAUACUUCAUUUAACUUUGUGGUCUGUUGGCUGAUAUAUAAAGUUGACAGCUGAUGAGCACAGUGCAA